CAUAUGGUCUGAUGACAACAGAAAUAGUCAUCUCAAUACGCUUAAGGGUGCCUUUUCCAUUUAAGCAGUAAAUAUGGAUAAUGGGCAAGAUGAAUCACCUACAAAAUAUCUAAUCUUUAUUUCCAUGGUUUUACAUGGUAAUACAUGUGGACAUGAUCAACUGGCAUGCCCCAUCUUUUCCCUAUUCAAGCUAAGCAAUGCUAGUUGCUAGGUCUUAAGUUGGAUCAAAUAUCAUAGGAAAAAUUUUGUACUACGCACAUUCCAUCUUUUAGACCAGCAUACUGGGGAAAAGACGCAGAACUUCCAGCACACCAAUGGAAGCUCAAUAUGUACCAAGAGUUGAUAAUCAAGAAGCUUGAUCUUCAUCCUUCAUACAUUUUUCUAGCAAGGCCUAAACAGUUGAGCAAGGUCUUCACGCAUUACAUAGUUGAGUAGGAAAGACUUGGAGCUUUUAGUGGAUUUAUGAACAUCAGUGGAACCUCUUAACUUAUGUUGCAGAAUCUGGACUGCACAAACUCUUUUUGAUAUAAUUUCCCAGAAAUCUCAAGUUUGGAUCCCAAAUGUUCCAACUUUGAUAUGGCAAGAUAACAAAACCAUUGCAGAUCAGAGCUGGCACAUAGCCUUAUGUUAUCAUUUUGUUCUGCGAACUUCAAAAUGUUAUACAACACAACACUAUCAAAAGGAACUCAUCCAUUCCAUCAAUUCGGUGUAAGCUUUUUUCUAAUCAACUAGAUCGAGUUGUCUUAAACACUUGAUCAAGUUUUAUUUCUGUUUAAUUCUGUCAGUAAAGGUUAGUCUUAGAGUUGCAUUAGCUUAAUUGGGUAUAUAUUGCUACUUCAUUUCUGAUAGUACUGAUGUGAAAUUGUGAAUGUCAGGCAUGCUUUGAAGCACAUGAAAAAAGGCAGCAGCAUAAUUUGCUCAACAUCAGUUAAUGCAUACAAGGGAAACCAGAAGCUGCUUGAUUAUACAGCAACCAAGGGAGCCAUUGUGGCAUUUGUAAGAGGAUUGUCACCUGAGCUAGUGAACAAAGGCAUCCGUGUCAAUGGUGUAGCUCCUGGACCAAUAUGGACCCCAUUGAUUCCAGCAUCUUUCGAUGAGGAGGAAACUGCAAACUUUGGCUCUGAAGUGCCAAUGCAGCGAGCUGGGCAGCCCUGUGAGGUUGCGCCAUCCUAUGUCUUCCUUGCUUCCAAUGCUUUCUCUUCUUAUAUAAGCGGCCAAGUGAUCCAUCCUAAUGGGGGGGUUGUAGUAAAUUCGUGAUGGGUUUGUGAAGGAGCCUUCUGGCUGGUGGUCUUUCAUGUCUUAAUGUAUUAGCUACUGCUGUUUCUUUUAGGCUAAGAGAUAUGUGUAGAGACUAAUGGUUGGUUUCUGUGUGAUAUGAUGUGUCUAGCUCUGCCUGAGCUCCUUUUAUAUGUCAAGA